GCAGAUGCUUUGGGAGGGUGACUUGCCGCUCAUGCUCAGUUUAAAGCUGGGUUUCUAGCUACUAAUUUCAAGAGAAUAACAUUUAGAUGCGAUAUCCUGUGCACAGUGUGAUCCUUAGGUUCAGUCAGACACCGAUGUGUGAGGGCCAGGUGUGCUUCAGGGGCAGAGCUGCUUGCCCAGCCAGAGUGAAGCCAGGGGUUCUGUCCUCAGCACCAGGAAAGCAACAACAAGAGCCGUGAUGGGAGAUUUGGGUAGGGGCUGGUGUAUUAUCCUGGAGUGAAUGGCCUGCUUGGAAGUUAGUUCUUCUGGACUCUGCAGGGGACACCGCCUUGUGCUGGUUUCUUGCUUCUCCUGGGACAAGAGAACAUCUGUGUAUUCUCCUGUCACAUUGUCCCUCACAGCCCAGGCCUUCUGCUCUUCCUGGCCACCCAUCCAGCUGCAGAGCCAGCCCUCUGCUGUGGGGCCACACAGGCUCUCGGAGGUGCCCAGAUGAUCCCCACGCUUCUCUUUCUGCUGCAUUUGACUCGUGAUAUUGAAACCCGCAUGUCGAAGGCCUUGCCUCCGGCCCUGCAGCACAAGGAGGCCCACAGCCACAGUCUUCCCAGACUCUGAGCUUGAAAACCCCACCGGCCACCUCUCCUGUUCCCGGCCUCUGGUUUCUGAGGUCCUCCCCAGAGGUGCAGAGUGAGGGGGGUUGGGUUCAGGGGUGGGGGUUGAUGCGGGACAUCCCUUCUCUGGCUGCCCGUCCCACACACCUUGCCCCAGCCUGAUGGGGUCUCCUGUUGCUCCAGGAGAAGGUGGAGAUGCAGCGGCAGCGCUUCAGGUUGGAGUUUGAGAAGCACCGCGGCUUUCUGGCUCUUGAAGAGCAGCUGCAGCUGCGGAGGCUGGAGGAGGAGGAGAGAGCCACCCUGCAGAGACUGCGGGACAGUAAGGACCAGCUGGCCCAGCACAGCAAGGCCCUCAAGGAGCUGGCAGAGGAGCUGGAGGAGAGGUGCCAGCGCCCAGCCCUGGGGCUGCUGGAGGGUGUGCAAGGAGCCCUGAGCCGGUUCUCUGCUCUUCUCAGAAGUAAGGCUGUGAUGCCGCUGGAACCAGAGACCAUCCCCAUGGAGCUGAAGACCCCAUGUCGCAUCCCUGGCAUGCGGGAAAUGUUGAGGAGAUUCCAAGUGGACGUGAAGCUGGACCCUUCCACGGCGCACCCCAGCCUCCUGCUGACAGCCGACCUGCGCAGCGUGCAGGACGGGGAGCUGUGGAGGGACGUGCCCCGCAACCCCGAGCGAUUCGACACCUGGCCCUGCAUCCUGGGCUUGCAGAGCUUCUCAUCAGGGAGACACUACUGGGAGGUGGUGGUGGGAGUGCGGGCCGAGUGGGGCCUGGGCGUCUGCCAGGACUCGGUGCAGAGGAAGGGGGAAGCCACGCCGUCCCCGGAGAACGGCGUCUGGGCCCUGUGGCUGCUGCGCGGCUGCGAGUACAUGGUGCUGACCUCCCCGUCCGCGCCCCUGCUGCAGCUAGAGCGGCCGCGCCGCAUCGGGGUCUUCCUGGACUACGAGGCGGGCGAGGUGUCCUUCUACAACGUCACGGACGGGUCCUACAUCUACAGCUUCAGCCAGGUGUCAUCGGGUGUCCUCCGGCCCUACUUCUUCGUCUGCGACGAGGCGCCGCUGAUCUUGCCACCGAUGGCAGAAGAGGAGGCAGAGAACUGGGCAUCCGGGGGCCACCCUGACCCUCCUCUCGUGGACGACCUUCAGUCCUGAAGUGCUGUGCUCAGGGUCCUCCCGCAACCUAUCCAAGGGCCCUGGAGAGCGGCGGAGGAGGGACAUACAGCUUCACCAAGUGCCCAGCUCAGGGCAGCCUCUUGCUCGGGCCUGAGGAGGUUCCUUGAAAUCCAAGCAGACAGGAGAUGCUGUGUAUGCGGGAACAUUGGACCUGGAGGGUCUCCUCAAACUAUUCCCGGAUGGCCCCCCACUUACUCGAUGGCUUUUCUUUCAAAUUAAUAGUCUCGUAUUAAAGAGUUCUGUAUGUUCGUUAUAAUUUCCAUUCUUUUCAGUGUCUUCUCUCCCAACGCUGAAUCUCCGGGCUGAGAGAUGGAAACCCUGCAGGGGGCCCGAGCAGGCUGAGGCUCCCUCCCGAGCCCUCCCUCACCUUCCUGGCUGGCUCCUCCUCUGUCUCAUUCCUUGCCCCCCCCCCCCUUUUUUUUCCUGGAUACCUCUGGUUGUUUAAAGUUUCGUUUCCUUUUACAUCAACAUAUUCAAAAUCAUCCUUCACAAGUGUGUCUUUAUUCUGGGAACAGUUUUUGAGGGUCGUGAAAUUCAUUGCUCCGACCAUAACAUGGAUUUCGAUCUUCUCUCUUUAUCUCUGCAAAUGUUUGUAAAAGUAGGAAUGCCCUAGAUAUUUGAUCCAACUGGUUUUCUUCAGAGUCAGGAGGGACUAAGGAAGGUUUGCAUCAGCUUGCCAAAGGGCUGCGCCCAUUCAUGGGGCCCAGAGGACAGCUGCAGCCUCCUGCCUGCUCUGGGGACUGGCCCCAGGACCACAGCAGGGGUCCUUCCCUCGGGGGUCUCCUGUGCCUGGAACAAUUUACUGGCCCUCACAGUAUUAGGGUAGGUAUUUAAGGUCAUGAUUGAUGUGACUAGUUUAAGUUAACUGUGUUAUUUAAAUAAAAUGGUGACGUUGAAAAUGAAAUGAUAAAAAUAACUUACUUUUGAAUUAUAUUCUGUACCUUUCCAACAAAAUCCUUUAAAAGUCAUUGAAGACCCCCUAUUCUGCCACCUUUGUCUUCAUUUUUAUCUAAUAUGUAAUUGCUAAACAAAUAUUGUAAUAUUCUAAUGCUAAAUGCUUAAAUAAUGAACAAAUAUAAAUUAUGAGCAAAUUUAA